AUGCUGGUCGGCAAGAAGGCCUUCUUGGGAUCGCCCCUGGCGCAGGCAGCGGCCCCAUGCCGUGUGCAGCCUUUUCGCGCCGCGCGUGGCGCAGCAGUGCGUGCGGCCGCCGCCGAGCCUGCUGAGCGGCUGCGCCUGCACAACCUGAGCCCCCAAGAGGGCUCGCGGCGGGACGAGAAGCGCAAGGGGCGCGGCUAUGGUGGCCAUCAGGGCGGCACCUGCGGCUUCGGCACGCGCGGGCAGAAGGCGCGCUCCGGCUCAGGCACGCGCCCCGGCUUCGAGGGCGGGCAGAUGCCCCUCUACCGCCGCCUGCCCAAGCUGCGCGGCAUCGCCGGAGGCAUGUCCGCGGGCCUGCCCAAGUACGUAGUGGUCAACCUCGACGACCUCGACAAGGCCUUCGAGGCGGGGUCCGAGGUUACCUUGGACGCGAUCCAGGCCAAGGGUCUCCUCAACAUCAGCGGCCGCGACACCAAGCUCGGCCUCAAGGUCCUCGGCAGCGGCAGCCUGAGCAAGGCGCUCACCAUCAAGGCGGACGCCUUCAGCGCCUCGGCCUCCGAGAAGAUCGGCGCGGCCGGCGGCAGCGCGGAGGCGGCGGCCGGGAAGGUCAAGUGGACGCGGCGCGCACACGAGAAGCGCGUGAAGGAGCUGGUGGCGGCGGGGCUCGACCCCAAGAAGGAGGCCGCGAAGAAGAAGGCCGCGGCGGUGGCUGCCAAGAAGAAGUGA